AUGUGGUGUCUCGCAAGAAACCUUCCUUUGCUGAUUGGUGGACUCAUUCCUGAUGAUGAUGACCACUGGAGUCUUUUCUGUAAUUUCCUAGAGAUUGUCCGAAUUAUCUUCGCCCCCACAGUUAGUCGGAACCAGAUCGCUUACUUACAAGUUCUUAUACAAAAUCACCAUGAAACUUUUAAAGAAUUGUAUCCAGAUUGCCCCAUAACGCCCAAGAUGCACUACAUGAUACACAUGCCAAGAACAAUGUUAAGGUAAAUUUAAUAAUUUGUAUGAUUUGGAAAGAAUUGUACUAACCUUCUUCUUUCAAACUUUCCCUUUUGCAUUUAAGUGCUCUUUGAGUGAGUAAAUAAAUAACUUUAAUAUGAGAGUUUAAUGGACUGCAAGAAUGUCCUUUCUUCCUCAAAAUUCCUUUUUCAAGAUGCAAAUUAGCAGUUGUGUGGCAUCAGAGCCUCAAAUGCAAGAGAAGACAAUUUUCCUAAAAUUUUGACAGAUCUUUUUAUCUUCUUUCAGCAUGGGACCUCUUGUACGAAGCUGGUGUAUGCGGUUUGAAGCCAAGCAUCAUGAAUUUAAGCGUCUCGCUGCACAUCUGGGAAAUUACACAAACUUACCCUACUCUUUAGCAAAACGUCAUCAAGAAGGCUUUUGCUACAGACUGCAAACCACAGAGGGUAGCCUCUCUUCAUUUAUCGUCAAAGGCAUUGAAACUGGACCAGGUAACAAGAAUGUAUAUCUUGUUUAGUGACUUAAAAUUUUGUAUUGAAUCCCCUCACUUUCUGUUCAAGAAGGGCCCCAACGUAGAAUUUAACCACUUUUAGUUGGAAGCAAACAGGGGUCAAACCAUUGCAUGAUUUUGUUAAGAGAUGACAACAAUAUUUUAGCAAACUUAUUUAACCAUAUGCCUCGGAUAUAGGUGCUGAACUUCACAAGAGCCAACUGAAUAAAGCUCAAGAAUCUGUUCUAAUGAGACAGUGCAAUAUUUUAUGUAAAAUGUUACAUGGAUUUAGCUUGAUCUUAUAUCAAUUGUUUGUUAUGUAAUUUAACAUUUUAGGCCAUCACUGCCAUGCAGGAGAUGUAGACUACCAAGGCAUCCUUAUGAGAGAUGAUCCAGCAGUUACAAAUGACACACCAUUAACAGAGUAAGUGACAAAUACACACUGUUACAAUAUAGUACCUAUUUACUAAGGAAAGAGCAUUAGCCGUUUCAUCAUUCCAACAAAGCUUUUUAUAAUCAAUUCCCCAAAUUGUUUGUUUUAUGUGACUGUUGUUUUUGUUUUUAUUUUUCAGGUUUAAAAGGGUUUCUGUUCUUGGGACAAACUAUAAGGUUGGCUGCACAUUACAAAUUGUCACGGAUCAAUAUGACAAUCCAGUUUUUGGACAAGUGAUGAAAAUUUUCUUGUUAAAUAAGAACAUUAAUGACAUAUUUUUUGUUGUUUCUAAGCUGAACACAAUUGGUUUCAGCAUGCACUACCAAAGUUUUGAGGUGCAAGUUACACAUCCUAGACAGAAGCUUAUUAUUCAUCACAAAAACCUCUCUUCUUUCCUACCUCUAAAUCAGGUGAAACCUUUCGGUGUAUUGACAAGGAAUAAAUAUGUUGUACAACGCUUUGACAUAGGAACAAACAACUAA